AUGGGGACGCCAUCUUGUUUCCGUGACGUCGUCUGUCCCUCUGACCUCGUUUACUCACCUGCAGCAGGUGUAACCCGAUCCGGGUCACCUGACACCGCCUCAGCUCUGCCCGGCCCUGUCCUCGCAGUCUGCUCGCCGCCCUGCAGCAUGGCAGACGCCGGGGCCUGGAGGACGCACCAGGACGGCCCCCGGAUCCUCCAACCACCCCCUCCAGGACUGGGACCGGGAUCAGGACCAGGACCAGGACCAGGACCGGCUCCAAACCGUGUGUGGAUCUCUCUGAUCGCAGGCAUCAACAGAUCCACUGCCUCUCUUGGCAAGACUUUUCUCAUCUUCAAGCUGACAACCAGCCAAGCGUUGCUCCGGAGUGUUCCUGUCGCUGAAGAAGCUUGA